UAUCUUCUGGAUCUGCUUCAAUGGGUAAGGGAACAGGGAGCUUUGGUAAGAGGAGGAACAAGACUCACACCCUUUGUGUGAGGUGCGGCCACCGCAGCUUUCACCUCCAGAAGAGUCGUUGCUCCGUCUGCGCUUCCCCCACUGCACUCAAGAGGAAAUAUAACUGGAGCGUGAAGGCCAUUCGCAGAAAGACCACCGGCACCAGCAGGAUGAGGUACCUCUGCCACAUGCCUAGCCGAUUCCAGAGCUGCUUCAGAGAAGGUACUGAAGCUGCUCCAAAGAAGAAUGGAGCAGCUGCAUCUGGAGAGACUAAACCAAAGUAG